AUGAAUCUGACUACUGUUUUGUCUGGCGUGGCGGGAGUGGCCGCUGUCACCACCACCCUCAGCAUCGUCUUUGUGGGGUAUCUCAUCAACGAUAUCAACGAUUUCUAUGCGGACUCGAUGAGGCAACUUGCCAAUUUCAAGGACAUCGCGAACUCUGUUUGGUACGAAAUGCAACCAACUCCUGCGGAACGUCGGCGCCAAUUACGAUCCCUCCUUCGACAACAUCGACAAUACUCCGACAAUAUCUGCGACUGCGCCCCGCAAGUCGUCAACUGCCCCGCUGGUCUGACGGGACCUCCUGGAGAACCAGGUGAACCAGGACAACCAGGAAUGCCAGGAGUUCCUGGAAAGAAAGGCAAUGACGGCAUAUCGAUUUCCGGUCAAGGAGGAGCAGGAGGUUGUGUCAAGUGUCCUAUGGGCCCUCCAGGACCACCAGGUCCAGACGGAAUCCCCGGACCGAAAGGACCUGACGGAGCCCCAGGCAUAGGUGUCUCAGCUCCUGGGAUAGGAAUGCCUGGACCUCCUGGCCCACCAGGAGAUCCUGGGCCACUCGGUCCACCAGGAGAACCGGGUUCGCCGGGAAUGCCUGGAGUUCCUGGAGUAUCUAGAGCAAAUCUACCAGGUCCGCCUGGACCAGCGGGGCCAGCUGGACCACCUGGACCUAUGGGUGAAGGCGGAGGAAUCGGAGGCAUGGGCCUACCAGGACCACCUGGGCCACCUGGACCUGCCGGUAAUCCAGGAAGGCCGGGAACAGAUGGGCUGCCAGGAGAACCAGGAGCUAUGGGAGAGCCUGGUUACGAUGGUGCGUACUGUCCAUGUCCUGCUAGAAGCGCUAUAUUUGCGCAGAAUCUGAGAAGGAAUGCAGGAGUGGUGAACAUGUCCGCAACACGUGCAGUUCUUCCAGCGAAAAGGAGGCAUAAGCUCGCAUCUAAGAAACGAUUUUUGAAAAAAAUGAGAAGAGUAGCGAGAGCAUAG